AUGCUCCCUAAAGGCACAUUCGAACAAUUUCCUGAUGAAAUUCUUCUAUUGAUUUUUCGUUAUUUAUCCUCUAUGGAUAUUCUAUUUUCAUUCUAUGGAUUAAAUUCUCGCUUAUCUCAAACAAUCAAUGGUUAUUGUCAACAUAUUGUUCUCUGUCAACUUCCAUUUAAACAAUAUCAUCACAUAUCUACUUCGAUUUUACCUUCAAUUUCUUCUGAAGUUUAUUCAUUAACAAUCAGUAAUGAAUGGACCGGUGUUUUAUCCAAAGUAUUUCUCACUGAUUUUGGUCAAAGAAUGUCUUCGAUAUUUCCAAAUUUACAACAUUUAACUUUGAUUGCAUUUAUUAGUCAAUCGUUAGGAUUAAUUCUCGAUUGUCUUGAAGAUUUUCAUCAUUUGUUGGAAAUAAACAUUCAUGGUCUAUUCGCUGAAUUUGAAAAUGCGAUUCAAUCCGAAUCAUUUUUGUAUCGAAUCUUUUCGGCGAAUAAUCAUCGUUUAAAUUCAAUUCUAUUUGAUAAUUUUUCCACUGCUUUUCAUGUGAAUUCAACAAAUGCCGAAAUGAAAUUCGACAAUAUUACAAAAUUACGUAUUGAAUUGAAAACUAUUGUUGAUCUCCAUCGACUAUUAACAAUUUUACCAAAUUUAGAAUAUCUUCAUACAAGAAUUCACGAUGAAUCAUUUGAAAUCGACAAGACCAAUGGAAAUCGUCUGGUUUCCAAAUUGAAAUUCUUUCAUCUUCAAUCGGUUCGUCAUUGGUGGAUAUUUUCGGAAUUAGAAUCGAUUCUAAAACGUUUGUCAAAUGUUGAACAUCUGGCGAUUAACAUUGAUGGUUAUUCAGAUGUGAAUCUCACCGAUGGAGAAAAACUCUUUUCUCUUCUUUCAAAAUUUCCAUUGAAAAACUUUCAUUAUUUACUUCGACUGCACGAUUCAUCGUUUCUCGAUCAAAAAAAUGUUCUCUCUACUUGGCAACAAUUCAAUCAACAAUUCGUCUGUGUUCAAACAGAUAAUGAUCAUAGUUUAAUUCUUUAUUCAUUACCUUUUCAUUUCGAAGAUUUAGUUCUUCAAUGUUCAUUGGCAAAAACAAAAAUCUUCAAUGAAAAUUAUUCAAAUCAAGUCAAACUUUUACAUUUAUAUUCUGUACCGAAAGAUAUCGAUGAAAUAUUCUCAAUUAUUUCCAAAUGUUCACGUUUACAUCGUCUGUGUUUACAAUUCGGUCAAAAUCACAUGAAAAAAUCUUCACAACAACAAAAUCAACUUUGUCACCUAUCUCAUUUGACAACAAUAACAAUUAUGAAUGGAUCAUCGAUCGAUCUAAAUAGUUUUUGUAAAUUAGUUGAACAAUUACCUAAUCUCAAUACGAUGAAUAUUGAAGAUGAAUUAUUACAAUUAUUAAUGAUGAAUCAAUUCAUUGAUGAAAGUUUGAAAUCUAAAAUUACUCAUUUAUGUAUUAUUGUACAUUCUUCGGAUAUUUUUCAAUUUAUUACUUCAUCAAUAUCUUUAUUAGCAUCGACAUUUUCUUCACUGAAAUAUCUUUAUUUUUGGUUUGAAAAAGAAUGUCAAACAUCGGAAUCGUUAAUUUUGUCUGUUUUCAAACAUUUAUCGAUGUGGAAAUCUUUGAUUGCAUUUGUAACUGUGGGAAUUAUUCUUCAACCUGAAAUUUUAGCCAAAGGAAUUCGAGAAUGGACAGUGGAAAACUCGUAUUUACAUGACAAUGAUUCAUUUGUUGUUGAUUAUUUCGAAGAGAGAUUUCGAUUAUGGUUAUAA